AUGUCCAAAGGAGAGUGCCUGAACAAGGAGGAUCUUCACCUCGCAUUUGGAAUUUUUUAUUUGUGCCUCUCGCCUAUUGCUACGGUCACAAAUAGUUUUAUGCUCUAUGUUGCGAGGAGAGACCCACAUCGACAGUUUAACAAACCCACGAAUGUCUUCAACCUUGGGAUAGCUAGAAUCUAUGUUUUCACCGCGCUCAUUGUCCUACCGUUUAUUGGCAUCGACAGCAUUUUACAAAGUCAACAUCUGUCUCCAGAAGGGAUGGACGCAGCAAAGUUGUUUCAAGAUUUCCUCGUGUGUUUUGUUAUAAGCAGCGGAUGCGUUACAUAUCUGGUCAUUUCCAUCGAACGAUCCACUGCCGUUGUCUUCCCCGUGUUGAAUCGAAAACAUGUGACCGUAAGACGAGCUAGAAUACUUAACACGACUAUAACAGGAAUAUGUCUUUUAUUUUCAUGCAUCUUAUUAACUGGCAUUGCCCCUAAAUACUUUUACUUUGCAUUUAUACCCAUUUUUCUUUGGUUACCAUGUUUAGGUCUCUUAAUACUACCCGCUAUAGGUCUAUACGCACUUAGACGCCAGGCUAGGAAAAUUGUAGCCACCAUGCAAACCGAGUGUCUCACAUGCGAGGCUUAUAACCAAAAGGAAAAAGCAAGGCGAAAUGCGCAAAUUAGGCGAUACUUGUUGGAGUCAUUAAGAGUGACAAUUACUUCAAUCAUAAUAUUAGGGUUUUUCACCGUGGUUAAGAUUCUUGAAAUGACGCGCUUGGAGCUCUCGUGUGAUGAACUUCUGGAACAUUUGUCCUACACAAUAUUGUUUGUUCCUGUGACUUUAAAUCCUGUUAUACUUUUGAAAAAGAUUCCGGCAUACUGGAAGGCAGCGAAACAUAUUUGGAACCGGAGAUAA